AUGUCGGACGGCAAAUCCGAGCCUCUGGCGGACGUCAGCAACGCUUCGGCACCCCCCGCGGCCGCGGCCGCACCCGCCAAGGCCCUCGAGGUUCCCCCGGCUCCCGCGUCGGAUCGAUCGAGGCCCACCGACGGGUCCCCGCCCGCGAGCAAGCGCGCCAAGAAGGCCGCCGCCAACGUCGAGGACGCUCCAAAGCCCCUCAGCGUGCCCUUGCCGGAGUCCCUCGGAGAUUGGAAGGAGUACGCGGAGAGCGAGCUGAGGCAGCUUCACGGGUUUCGUCGCCAGAACCUGCUCGACUGGUUCCACGUCAAGGGCGCCAUCAACUGCUGCGUGGUGUCGUGCCCGGUGGCCAAGUUACGCGCGGAGAUUCGCGCGCUGAGGGACAACGGCGUGUACGGUAGCAGCAUGGUGCCGUACUUACAGAUCCUGCGGACGAUAUUCGACACCGCGGAGGACUACGUGGACGAGGUCGAGACCGAGCCCGUGGAGCUCUUCUCGGAAUCCGAAGACGAGAGCGACGAAGAGAGCGACGACGACGAGAGCGACGACGAAGAGAGCGACGCCGACGACGAGAGCGACGACGAGAGCGACGCCGACGACGAUACCGAUGACGACCGCGCAGCAAGCGACGAGGACGAGGAGGGCGAGGGAGCGGGGAAGGUCGAGGCGGUCGGAGCGCCGUCGGCGUCGGCGAGACGGACGCAGCCGUCAUUGCCAUCAUCGGCCAAACCCAGGAAGGGGCACAGCGGCGGCGGACCCAAGGGCACACCUGGCGAGCCGUCCGCGUACCAGGUGGAGAUGCGCAAGCGGUACAACCAGUUCGCCAGGUUUCUCGGAUCCUACUUCGCGUCCGAGCGCGUCGAGCAGGCGUCGGUGAGCGCGCUCCUGAGGCACGACGGCGCGUCGGAAUUCAAGGACGAGGAGGUGGUCGCGUUCCUCGACAUGAUGACACGGGAGAACAAGGUGAUGCUGUCGGACGGGACGGUCUGGAUCAUAUAG